AUGUCCUUCAGUGCCACCAUUCUCUUCUCCCCUCCCAGUGGCAGUGAAGGCAGAUGCUGCUGCUGUACCUGUAAGAGUGAGACGAGCCAGGGCAGCUCGGGCUCUCAGGGUGGGAACCCUCCUGCCAGCACCCCUAUCACAGUGACAGGACACGGCCUGGCGGUGCAGAGCUCUGAACAGCUCCUGCAUAUUAUCUACCAGCGGGUGGACAAGGCGGUGGGUCUGGCUGAGGCCGCCCUGGGUCUUGCUCGGGCCAACAACGAGUUGUUAAAACAGCUCCAGGAGGAAGUGUGUGAGCUACGGCAGGGGAAAGUCUGCACCACUGAAGAAGAUGGGGAGAACCGGGCCCGCAGCCCACCACCCGAAGAGCCUGGACUGCUCAAGGGGAGCCCGGGGGAAGCCUGCAAGACUGUGUCUGCCAUGGAGGAGGAGUGUGACAGCGUGGGCAGCGGUGUGCAGGUGGUGAUUGAGGAGCUGAGGCAGCUGGGCGCAGCCUCCACCGUGGGGCAGGGGCCCUUGGGCUUCUUCGCGGCCCCCCAGAGAGAUCUGCGGCUCCCGGGAUGUGCUCUGGCUGCCGCAGAGGGGGCCCCUCUGCUCAACCCCAUGGCGGAUGAGUAUGUGGCCUCUGAGGGGGCAAUACAACGAGUGUUGGUCCCUGCCUAUGCCAAACAGCUUUCACCAGCCACACAGCUGGCUAUCCAGAGGGCAUCCUCAGAGACAGGACCAGAAAAUGGAACCAAGCUCCCCACAGCCCGCCCUGAGGACAUGCUUGGUUCGGUGGCACUGGACAAUGCCGUGGAUGAGUCCAGCCCUGGCGUCGCUGGGGAACUGAGCCGCUCGAUGGGAUUUAUUGGCUCCCCAUGCAGGAUUCGAGGGACUGGGCAGAAAAACUCCAGGCGCAAGCGAGAUCUGGUGCUCUCCAAACUGGUCCACAAUGUGCAUAACCACAUCACCAAUGACAAGAGAUUCAACGGAUCUGAAAGCAUUAAGUCCUCUUGGAAUAUUUCCGUAGUGAAAUUCCUUUUGGAAAAGCUCAAGCAGGAACUGAUGAGCAGUCCCCACAACUACACUGAUAAGGAGCUAAAGGGAGCCUGUGUGGCCUACUUCCUAACCAAGAGGCGGGAGUACCGCAACUCUCUUAACCCUUUCAAAGGCCUAAAGGAAAAGGAGGAGAAGAAACUUCGAAGUCGCCGAUACCGGCUCUUUGCCAACCGAUCCAGUAUCAUGAGGCAUUUUGGGCCCGAGGACCAGCAGCUGUGGAAGAACGUGACAGAAGAACUGAUGUCCGAUGAGGAGGACAGUCUUAAUGAGCCAGGUGUGUGGGUGGCCCGCUCUCCCCGAUUCCGGGCUCAGCGUCUCACAGAGCUCUGCUACCACCUGGACGCUAACUCAAAGCACGGCACCAAAGCCAACCGUGUGUACGGGCCUCCCUCAGACAGACUGCCGUCUGUGGAAGCCCAGCUCCUUCCACCCGAGCUUUACAAUCCCAAUUUCCAAGAGGAAGGAGGAGGAGGCAACGAGAAAGGACCAGCCUCUCCAUCCUUUGACCAGCCUCACAAGACGUCCUGUCCUGAUCUGAACUCAUUCAUUGAAAUCAAGGUGGAAAAGGAUGAAUAUAGUCUAUAACGAGGGUCGCUCUGCCCCGUCACUCUCCACAUCCCGGAAACCGGUGGCUCACAAUAAUGAGGGCCUCCUGCAGUCGGCAAAAGCAAAUCUGCUUCUCUUAACAUAGUGUCUACUUAAAGUGGAAGCUGGAGACUCUCGUGGGGUAGCAGAACUUAUGUAGAAGGCAGGGGAGUGCCUCUCCCGCGCGCCAGUGGCAAGCCAGAAAAUGCUUAUUCCUAAGCAUAAACAGUGCCUCGGAGGAGCCUGGGAUGAAAAGGGGGAUGGGUCAAAGAAACAUGAGGCCUUGAUACGUGUCCCUAUUUCUGUUCUUGCCCCCCAUUCACCCUCCCAUCCCUCCCUCCCUUCAUUGUACCCACAGCUCAGGAGAAACUGCGCUUGUGCUGCCCUGGAAGCAGAACAGACCAGUCCAGGGUAAUACUGCCCCCUGGUGGGACGUUUUAGUCAUGGGCUUUCUCUUCUUAGCAGGGGAACGUGGGCUUACUGGUAUUUGGAAUUAGGGUCUAGAUAUUGCUAGUUAUAGUUUGGAUUUUUUAAAUGAUGGCUAUUAUUUGUUGGAUUAUAUGAGAAAAUUUUAUUAUUCACAUAUUACAUGUGAGGAAAUUAAAGCUUAAACAUUUCUUA